AACUCCUAGAGGAGUUUUCCGCUCUGACUCACCAAGUGACCAGAGGAGCAGAGGAGGGCCCUUAUUUAUUUGAGGACCUUGGCCUCUGUGCUGUGUCACAGGCCAAAUGCUUAUUAUGAUUUGAGCAAUGGUCCAUUGUUUGCCUCUGAAUGAAGGCUCUCUGCCCUAAUCUGGCAUUAGACUGCAGAUCUCCUCAAAGUCUGUUACACGCAACAAAUAUGCUCACAUUCCAAAGUACGGAUGAACGCUCUUGCCUGUUUGCCCCAAAAUCGCGAUCUUACACAAAACGAAGAACUAAACACUUGUGAGUCAGCAGAUCCACCCCCAAAAAUGUGAAUUGCUGGCUUUACAUGCAUUCAUUUGUAGAACACUUUUCUCUAAAUGCUAAAGAGUGUGCACCGUUUUAUUCUGGAUUUCCAGUGGAAUGUAAAACCUUGUCACGACAGAUUGUGCAGUGUAAAAAUAAACAACUUUAUCUCAGAUUUAGAGAGCCUUGCAAACCUCUUGCAAACCCUUCCACAUUUUGCCACAUCUCACCCUAAAACCUCAGUAGAUCAGAUCAGGGAUAAAGUUGUGGUUAAGUUUAAAGAUGUUUUUCCCAAGCUUUCGACACAACUAUUAGUCACACAGUCCAAAAAUCUGUCCUUCAUGAAAGAGUGGCAGGAAGAAAGCCAUUGUUGAAAGAAAAACUAUAAGCAUUCCUAUUGGCACUUUGUCACAAGCCUUGUAGAUCCAGCAAACAUCUGGAAUGAUGUGCAGUGGUCAUUGAAAAAAAUGCACUUUUGGUGUACAUGAAAUAUAUUAUGUAAUGUCAGCAUCAUGGUCUGGGGAUGAUUUUCUUUACAAGGAACAGGGAUGUUAAUCAGACCCAAUAAUAUGGAUGGAACUAAAUACAGGGCAAUCCUGGAAUAGAACCAGUUAGAGGAUGUAAAAGACUUGGUACUGGCUCAGAGGUUCACUGCCCGGCAGGACAAAAACUCUAGAAAGAGACACUGCAAUGGAAAGAUCAAAGCAUAUUCAUGUGAUAGAGUAGCCCAGUCAAAGUCCAGAUCUAAAAUCCAACUAAGAAUCUUUUGCAAGACGUGAUUGGUCAGUCAUGUGUUUACUCAGGGGACAUACGUAAAUGCAAUGUAAAACACAAACCAUGUUUCUUUUUUCUUCCGUUUCACAAUUAUGCAUUACUUUGUGCUGGUCAUAAAUUACAUUGAAAGUUCUGGUGGCAACAACACAAAAUUAGAACCAAAGUUUAAAUACAAGGGAUUGUAGUGGUUUUUCGGCUUUAGAAAAUCUAAAGCCGAAAAGUUGUCCAGCUUGUAACACCUCCAAGGGCUAGUUGCUCUAAACGUUCUUCAGUGUAUCAACAAACAGUGAAGUACAAAGAAAAGUGGUGAUACUAGCUAUGUAGAUCUGUCCAUUUGCUACAUUUGUACUGCUUCUAAGUAGCCUUCAGGUCACCAAUCAUUUACCAGUGCUUACUGUUUGAAAAAAAAUGUGCAGCUGUUCAGGCUUCUGACAGUUGUGCUAAGAGACAGCAGUAACUGUGAGCUGCCUGUUUAGUCUUUUGAGCAAUCAAGAGAUGGAGAUCCUUCCCCUUACUGCUAAUCCUUUAGACAUGAAUAUCUUCUGCAAUGGUAUGUUAACUGAGUAAAAAGAUCUGUUAACACUGACAGGAACCUCCAGCAUGUGUAUGUGAUGGGAUCAUGUAUUUUCAAUCGCAGAGGCAAAUGCUUUGUGGGUUCCAGGGUCAAGAGUGGCAUUGAGGUAGAUGGCAGCACAGGAGUGGAUAGAAGGUCAGGAAAUAUAAGGAACAGGAGUGUUGAAGCAUACAAGAAAACCCUUUUAUCCCCUGUGAGGUUAAUGGGAAGAAUUUAUUUUUGCAACAGAAAGCAAUCAACUGGUUGCUCUCCGUGUAUUUGUGCUAAAGGGUGGCCUAGUCUGACAUCUAGUGGCUAGAAGACAGAACACACGAGUCUUGUUUUAAACGUCACACUAACACCAUUCUGACCUUAAAGAGCAGCAUGUCUGGUAUCAGUAUCAGAUGUUGGUUAGAGAUUUGUCUUUCUAGGUUUUAGGAAUUCUUGACCUGCACAUGAUGAAAUAAAGUAUCUUCCCCACGUUUGUACAUUAAAAAAAGCCACAUAGAUGCCUGCGAGAACCUGGAAACUUUAAGCUUCUCUCUGUGUCACCCUCCAUUUGGAAAAAUAACAGAAAGCUUACAGUAUUUAAAUAUUUGCUGAGCUCUUUCAAAAAAGGGAAGUGGUGUUCUAACUGCGGAAGCUCAUGAGCAUUUUUGUAACCACACUAAUCCAAAGUCAACAUUAAUAUUAUUUUACAACAGAGCAGUGUGCAUACAUUCUACAGCUCAGAGCGUUACACAGAGUAAGACUGAACUUGUAGGUCUGGUUUGACACCUGUUGAAGAGAUCUUGACAAUUAUAGAAGAAAACCUUUUUGUUUGUGCUCAGUUUAUCUUAGGUGUUUUUUAACCGCACGUGCAUGUUUCUGUGUCAGUCUUCAAUAUUUGCUCAGUUGCUAUGGAGCCAGUAACGUAUCAAACGGUUGAAAAAUACCACGUCAGACAUAGAAGGCAGAGCUUCCCCUUCCCCUUAUGAUUGUGCUUCUGAAACCACGAGUCAAGCCUCCAACAGCUCACAGCAGAUGCCAUCACUUUGUGCAGUUACACAGGCAAACCACAUCAGUAAGUGGGAUUUGCUGACCUCACAGGCCCAACGGACAGGUUUCUUCGUCUCGUACAAAAGUGCACAUGAAAGAGGAAGAAGAGGGAGGGUCUGUGUUUGCUACUGUGUGCAGCUCAAGGAGAAGUGAUGAGUGCGUAUUUGUGAAGCUCUUGGAGCAUGUGGAUGCUGGCACUCUGUCUCAGGUUCUGGACUAUCCUUGCUUUGCCCGCUGAUGAUUUAAGGGAAAAACGCUGCAACACAAGUUGUGGCAAUGAGUGACAACGUGAACUGAAGGAAGCCCCCAGCAUCUGUGUUUUCGUGAGAAAAAAACAAUGCCUAUAAAGUGGACUGGAUCAACAGAGGGGUUCUCAACGAACCUCUCCUCCUCUUCAUGUGGCCAUAAUUUAACCACCUGGAACCAAACUAUGGACAAGAUGUACACCUACUUCUACCUGCUGCUCUUCAUCCCGGGGCUGCUUCUCAACACCACUGCUCUCUGGGUCCUCUGCAAACACUUCAGUAAGAAGACCAAGGCGGUGAUCUUCAUGAUAAACCUGGCUUUGGCAGACCUGGUCCACAUCCUCUCUCUGCCCCUCAGAAUCUAUUAUUACUUCACACACACGUGGCCCUUCGGACAAAGCCUCUGUUUGCUCUGCUUCUAUCUAAAAUACUUCAACAUGUACGCUGCAAUUGUAUUCCUGGUGUGCAUCAGCGUGCAGAGAUACGUGUUCCUCCUAAACCCAUUCACUGCCCGUCGAUGGAGGCGUCGCUACGACCUGCUAAUUAGUAUAGGAGUGUGGGUGUGUGUCGGUGUCGCUUGCUCACCUUUUAUUCUGAUGCGGAGCAGUGGAAGCAGCAACAACACAUCAAGCAUCACCUCCAUGCCCAACCCUCUAAACAGCGGGUCAGACCCCAGUUCCAACUCAAGAAAAGCAAGUUGUUUUAAAGACUUGCCCAUUCGUAAGGUCUCUGUCCCUCUGGCUGUAACCAUGAUGAGUGUGUGUGAGCUAUUUGGAUUUGUGAUUCCUCUGAUCUGCAUCAUUUACUGCUCCAUCCGCAUAGUAUGGUCCCUUAACCACAGGCAGACCCUGGAUCAGCAAAACUCCACCGCUCCCAGCUCCUCAGCACGUAGCAGACUCCAGUCCAUCACUUCCAAUAGUCAGACAGAUAGAAACCAUGAAAAGGAUGUAAACAGCGAGAAGCGGCGUGCUCUGCGGAUGGUACUGAGUUGCUCUGCUCUCUUUCUGCUCUGCUUUGCCCCGUACCACAUCAACUUCCUGCUUUACCUGAUGGUUUCGCAGAAUUUUGUCCUACACUGUUCCACCAGGCUUGCUGUCAAACAGUUUCACCCAGUAUCUCUGUGCUUGGCAAGCAUGAGCUGCUGCCUCAAUCCACUUCUUUAUUACUUUCUUAAUGCCGAAUUCAGAAUGCACCUCAGGCGCACCUCCUCCUUCUCCUCCUCAUUCCUCUCCUCUCCAAUUAACUCCCCGAAACAGUGUCCCGCACAAACCAGACUACUGAGGAUGGAGAGCACCUGUUCUGACAGAGAAUAACAGUACUGAGAGAAGAUGCCAAAGUGCCUUCUAAAAGUAUUUAUACUGCCUCUUGAACUUUUCUCAUUUUUUUUACUUAGCAGUCACAAACCUAAUUGUCUUUUGCUGUUAUUUUGAGAAAAAGAAGUGCAUAAUUGUAAACUGGAAAAAAAUCAUAUGGCUAUGGUUUUUAAAAUGUAACCACACAAAUCUGUAAAGGGUUGUAUUUGCUAGUAUUCAGUGUCCUUGAGUCAAUAAUUUUGUUGAACUCCAUUUAGGUCCAGUUACAGCCACCUAUCUAUUGUGGAUGACGAAAGCACAUUUUUGCCCAUCCUUUUUGCUGCAUAUUUGCGUGAAUGCUGUAGGCACUACAGUGUCCCUGUUUCUCUUUAUUCUUCAUAAUUCUAGUUGCUUCUGUAUGUUUUUGGCCUUUAAAUACCACUGCAUACUUUGUGCAAUUUUAACCAUUCAGCUUUUACAAUAUCCCAUUCAGCUAUUACUGUAUAAUUCAUACCUUUGUAAUAUCUUUUACCAGUCAGUCAUUUUCUAUACCGCUUCUUCCAUAGUGGGUUGUGGGGAAGCUGGUGCCUAUCUGCAGCAGUUUAUGGGUGGGAGGCGGGGGAAAAUAACCUGGACAGGUCGCCAGUCCAUCGC